AUCGAUCCGGGUUUAUAUGGAUCUAGAGUGUGCUUGCGGCACUUCAAGUUCAUGUUGAAAGGAAGGGCGAAUGGGAAUCAGGAGCUGCUGGCAGAUGCGAAUCCUCUUUGCUGGUGGGGUCUUCAGAAAAUACAGAUCGAGAGGCCGUGUUUUCGGUCUCAGAUAUCAUGGAGAGAUCAGUACUUUUGAGCCAUCAGCAUGAAAACAGCUUGCAAGCUUGUUUCGCUUAGAUACUCUCUUUUCACCCGAGGGUGGUCAGAAUUCGUGGUUUCUUCCAACGGCCGCUCUGUGAAUGAUCACCAUCGAUGUAGAGCUGCAGCGCGGGUAGAAGCGUCUAGGACGCUCCAAGUGUCGAGAUAGAGGGGUGUCAAAAGUAUACAGUGCCAGGAAACCAUGACGCUGUUGUGCCAAAAAGCGCAGACUCCAAGAUCUUUUGUCCUUCUCAGAGAACCCCGGUCAUAUUCUUUGAAGGUAAUUGGAUUAGGGUUUUGAACACUGCAGAAUAAAGAAAGAUUCUUGAGUCGGCCAGACUUCAAAUUAGCUAAGUUAGACACCCCAGACGCACCGCAGACUUGCGUACUUUGUCUAGAAUACAAGGAUCCUGGAUUAGGACCGCACAUCUACACUUUUGGACGAUCGGCUCUGUCGACCCAUCUUAUGCUGGGCUCGUGUGUUACAUCGAUUAGUUCCUUGUGAGCAAGUAGCCACUUCGGCAGGCCAGUGGAACGAUGGGGCGGGGAUUGGAGCAGGGUGGGGGGUUGCGAGCAGCCGCCAGUUCUAUCAGAAAGCAGACUUUCAAUCGGGCAACGAUGCAGCGCGUUUUCUUUGGGCUGGCGAUAGGUGGGCUAUGCUUUCUAGGGGUUUAUACGCUCCAGACCCUGCGGAACGAUAUGGCGAUCGCGUGCAGCGAUGAUCUGAGAGCCACAAGGAGCAUGCUGGAUUCAGACGUCGUAGCUUUGCAAACCGUUGCCAAGCGGUGGCUGCGACCCUGGGAGCGCUUCGGGAGCGACGGCGGGGGGAUCACGCAGGACCAAGUGUCCAAGGUGUUUGCGUUUUUGCAGCAAGGGCAAGGCAUCGGGUCGCUACGGAUACAAGUGAUUCACGGCGUGCUGCAGGAGCCGACGGUGGUUAAGGAGUGGCUCAAGACCAAGGUAUACUACCCGCCGCGCAUCCAGCACUGGAUGGCCCUCUUCCGCCACAUCGAAAAGAUGCACGGCCUGCCCGACUUUCUCGACAUUAUUGUUUGCACCGAGGACCAAGCGUUUCUCCCGGCCAGCUUCGAGCACAUCGGCGGGGCGCCGAUAUUCACCUACGCGUCGACGCUGGGCCAUUACGACAUCCCGAUCCCAACCAUGGAGUAUUACGGAAAGUUGAAGGACGUGGAUCUCGAGGCCGUCAAGGCUCAGAAGUGGGAGGAGCGCAUCGGCGCGCCGGCCAUCUGGCGGGGAUCCCCCACGGGGGGCCUGUACACCAGGGAGAACUACCAGCAAAAGCAGCGCUAUCAGCUGGUGAACACGACGAAGCACUACCCGGACCUGGUCGACGCCCGGAUGAUGCCGUGCGCCCCGGGGCAGUGCCACGACGAGGCAUGGGCCGCGAUGGAACGGGAGCUGCCCACAGGCGGCUCCCAGUUCAAGUACCCCGACUACAUCAAGCACAAGUUCCUCAUUGACAUCGACGGCAACGCGUGGAGCUCCCGCUUUAUUUUGCUCCUCUCGACGGGCUGCGUUAUCUUCAAAAUUGAAACCCCUUACGUUGAGUACUUCAACGAGUUUCUUGUUCCUUACAAGCAUUAUAUUCCGGUCGCAUCCGAUAGCUCGGACCUGCCGGAAAAGAUCCAAUACGCCGUUGACCACGACGACGAGAUGCGCGCCAUGAGUGAGAACUUAGUUUCGAGCUUUAACCGCUUUAUAGCAAACGGGCGGUGGGAGCUUUACGUCAAGACAUUGCUGACAGAGUACUCACGGCUGUUGAUAAAGCCGCCCCGGAUAAGGCCGAACGGUACUAGAAAAGGUGCAACGGAUAAAGCUGUGAGCGAGGCUGGGGUUCUUAGGUGGCGGACCUGACGUUAUUAUGAAGGACCGAGGUAAUAUGCUGUCAAAGACACCGUUAAUUCAUCGAAAUAUUGGACUAGUUGAGGUACUAACACUUGUCAGUGAUUAGGUGAUUAGCACGCCUUAUUGAGAUAGACUUUACUGUCCUCAGGCCUUGAUUUUAUCUGGGUGCA